AUUGAGUAUCAAGUUAAAUUUUUUAGCUGAGUAAUGUUUUUGAUUAAUGGGUCGGACAUUUAUUUGACUUUAUCCAUACAUGUAUUCAUUGAAGGUUUGAGUGAGGGAUCUGUCUGUACAUGAAUGGAUAUCUGUUUCUUUGUGUGAAACACUUUUUUCAUUUUUGUCACAGUUUUUUUCGAAAAAUAUCUAUCAACUGUUCCAAUUCAACAAUUCUCAAUUCAAAUGAAUUGUUCUUGUGUAAAUGUAAAGGAGAGAAUUUUAAUACACCUGUUAAUGUCACAUGGUAUAAAGGUAGUCGAGUGCUUGCUUCAGGGAAAGAAAUGGCUACAUUAACUAUUCCUCAGGUUGAUCGAUCUGACAAAGGACUGUAUCGAUGUGAAGUAAAGAGUCACGAGAAAGCUGAAGAUGAAAAAAGUGUUGAGUUGAUUAUCAACUAUAGACCUUCCAACAUUAGUUUGACUCUCCAAAGAGAAGGUCAUAAAGCAACGUUAAUCUGCACUGCUGAAGGCCGUCCACAACCAAACUUUGAAAUAUUUUCAAAGCGCUCUAAACUUGUCUAUAAAGGAUCCACCUACACAUUUGACAUCGUUAAAUCUUGUGAUUUUGGAAAUUAUACUUGUAAAGCGACAAACAUUUUAGGCAGUGCCAUAUCACAUGACAUACACGUGCAGACAAUUAAAGAUAACUUUAUAUAUGAAAAUCUCAACCACAAGCAUUGUUGAUUGUAAAACGGACUGGCUUGUUACCUCCAUCUCUGUUAUAUCUGGAAUUAUUUUUGGGAUUUUGUUUUGCUGUUUGAUAUUUUUAUGUUAUGGUCGACGAUGGUUAGUUAAGAAAAGUCAAAUGUCUCAGUCACAUGAUG